AACUAUUUAAACCACUCAAUUUUCAAAUUCUCCUCAAUUUCUCAGGUCAACGAUACUUCAAGCGACCAGGUGAAAGAUUCGCAAGAUCAUUGAAAAUAAUUUCUGAAUUCUUGGGAUUGUUUCUCUUUAAUCUUCAGAAAUCUCAAAUAUAACCAAUGGGUCGGAAACCGAAUGACUCUGAGCCGACUCGUUGGGCCUCUUGGAUCCUGCUUUUGAUCGGUUUGGUCUCUUGUUCUAUGGUCUACAUGUUCGUAUCAUCAGUUUUUAAGCCAUCAGCACCAGGAAAUGAUUCAGAUGUUGAAUCAUUAGCACUGGCCGAGUCCUAUGAAAAUGGUGAGAAGUGGGUUAACGGCGUAGAGAGUGGUGGGUUGUGUUGUAAAGGGAUUGAGAAUUUGGAGCUUUGGGGGCCUGCUGUGAAAUGGGGCACGGAUUUCAAAUUCACUUCGUCUGAUGAAUGUUGUAAAGCUUGUAAAGCCAUGUGUACUGGAAAUGAUGGGCCUUGUCUUUGUGAUACCUGGGUUUUUUGUGGCAAUAAGCAGGCUUGUGGGAACAAAUUCGGUGAGGUUGGUUGA